AUAUUAACUAAUAUAACUACUGCUCAAACAACUAAAGAUGCCAUUCAAUCUGUUUUUCUUUUUUGGAUGAAACAGUUCUGGGCGCAUUUGUCAUUAACAAUUGCUCUCGUAUUUAUAUUUCUUCUACCAAUAAGUGGACUUUUUUUCUUCUGCAAUCAAUGUUGUUGUAAUUAUGGCAAUACAAAGCGUAACGAUACUAAUUCAUUUGAAAUAAUUCCUUGUUGUUAUUUGGUAUUAUUAAUUGGAUUACAAGCUGUUAUGAUAGGAUCAUUAAUGAUAAGCUUAGAAAGUGUUGAUCAUACAUUCAACAAUACAAAAAACAUCAACAAAUUCGUCCGAAAUAUUUCCAAAGAUACCAUAAAUGUAAUUAAAAUUAUAUUUGAUGAUGUGAAAUGUGAAAUGCAUAUGACACUGGAUAUGACAUUCAACAAAAUUCGACAUCUUCUAUGGCAAUUACCAAGUAAUACAUUUAAUUAUUACAAGGAGACUGAUGGAUAUAUAAAUAUGCAAAUGGUAAUUAAUGAUAUGAAGAAUAUAAGUUGGACAUUGAAUAAAACUACUACAUCUUUGCAAAAAAGUAUAUGUGAUAUUCGCAGUUUACCGAUAAUUUUGCAAAAAAAGUUGGAAAAUUUAACAACGCUUAUCGACGAUAUUAUCAGUUAUGCUUAUCAAAUAAAUGUGAAAAACAUCAUGGAAGAAGGAAAUGGAUUAAUGGAUGAUGCUAAAAAAGAAACGAUGAAAUUAAUUGGAAUAAUUUACAAUGGAAGUGUUGAUAUCAUUAAAUUCAUUCAGAAAAAUUACGAACAAAUGGAUAAUAUUCAUAAACAAUAUAUUGAAA